GCUGAUUGUGAUGGAGUGCUGCCUUUGACUGACGACGUGAUGAGACAGCUUCAGGAGAAACACCCUGAGGCACAAGAGGCCAAACUUGGCUCGUUACUCUUCGGGCCAUUUGAGGAAGUGCACGAUUCGUUAUAUCAGCAGAUCGAUGGCGAAAUGAUACGCGAGACAGCAUUGCGAACCAAAGGCUCCGGCGGCCCUUCAGGAGUGGAUGCAAAUGGAUUCAAGCGUAUUUUCGCAUGUAAAUCGUUUAAGAAAUCAGGCGUAAACUUGUGUGAGGCAGUAGCAACAAUGACCCGGCGGCUAUGUACGGAAUACAUUGACCCGAGAACUAUCGAGCCUAUAUUAGCCAACAGGCUUAUACAUCUUGACAAAGGCGAGGGCGCGGUUCAUCCAAUUGGCGUCGGGGAAGUUAUCAGGAGGAUUGUCGGGAAAUGUGUUAUGAAAGUGAUUAAACCCGACCUGAUUAAUGCCAGUUGA